AUGACCGCCGAGCCUCCUACCGCGCUGCCCCCCAUCAUCAAGCGCUCGACCUCGCCCGGUCACGUCGCCGUCAGCAACUCUGCCCUCAAGAGCCCCGUCUUCUCCGACCCGCCCUCGCCCGGCGUCCACCAGGGCCAGACGCCCGCAGCAGCAGCAGCAGGAGGACAGCAGCAGCCCCAGGGCGGCUACUUCAGCCCGCAGCCGUCGAGCAUCCUCCUCAACAAGGGCGGCCCCGCGCCUGCGCUCCCCCUCCCUCGUCCCCGCUCGUCGACCUCGCGCGAUCGCGCCGACGAUGUCAGCGACCGUGGCUCGCCCGGCUUGACCCUGCGCGCCCCCGAGGCCCGCUCGCCGUCCCUGAGCGGCGCCGCCUCGCCCGGCCUGCUGCGCAUCGCGAGCCCGGACGGCUCGGCCGCGAGUGACGGCGGCUUCUCGAGCGACGGAGGCGGCGGCGGCGGCCCAGGGUGGGUCAACGGGCCGCCGUCGACCAACCCGUCGACGGUCGGCUCCCCGCCAACGGCGUCGUCCUUCACCAAGCCGACCCUGUCGACCCUCUACACGGGCGACGGCGCAGGCGCCCACUUCAGCCCCGAGGUUGCCCAGGCCGACGAGGCGGCCCAGGCGGCCCUGCGUCGCGCGAGCAGCCCGCCGAGCCCGCACUGCCACUUUGCGCCGCUGCCCAAGCCCGAGGACCGCCCGGGCACGCGCCGCAACAGCACGGCCAACCGCGUCAAGCCGUUCGUGCCGCCGCCGCGCAUCGGCGCCGACUCGUCCCCUGCACUCGACGACGACGACCAGCUGCACUCGCCGAGCGGGACGUACCACCCCGGCGACUCGUCCAUCCCCUCGGCUUCGGCCCUCUCGCAGCGCCUCUCGUCGUCCCUCACCUUUGCCGACGCCCGCUCCCCCUCGCACUCGCCCCUCCCGACCCUCGGCCACCCGCACGGCCACGGCCACGGUUCGGCGUCGCCGUCGCGCCCCACUUCGCGCCGCAGCUCGUCCUCGCGCCGCUCGCGCUCGCCGUCGCCGCACGCGGGACGCUUCCGGCCCUCGGCGCAGCCGUCGCAGGGCGGCGUCGGCGCCCAGGGCUCGGGCUCGGUCGGCGCGAGCCGGUCGCACUCGCCCAACCUGAGCCGGCACGCGAGCACCGACGCUCUCAGCCUGCACUACAUCGAGGCGGCGGGCGAGGCGGCCGCUGUCGCUCGCGAGCGGCUUGCGCUCAGCCGCACGAGCAGCCGGGCCGGGAGCGAGCGCGGUGGAGGAGGCGGCGGCGGCGUCGACUGGCAGCUCGGCGGGGCCGGCGACGACGCGUCGGGUCCGUUCGGCCAAGGCCCGUCGGCGUCGUCGAGGCCGGGCAGCCGGCGCACGAGCACCGACCGCGGCGUGAGCCUGUCGCGCGCCGGCAGCAGCGCCGGGUUCGUCGACCGCGACAAGGAGGCCGACCUACACCGCCUCGCCGACAAGGCGGCGCACGGUAACGUCGACGCCGAGCGCGCUGUGAGCCCAGCGCUCGCGGCGCAGGCCAAGCGCGACCGCAGCGCGAGUCGGGGCGCGCAGGGCGGCGACGAGUCGAGGGCGACCGUCAUUGGGCGCCGGGGCGAGAACGAGGACGUCGUCGAGGUCGGCCCGGGCGAGGACAAGGACGACAACGAGGGCGAGCUCGAGGAGGUGCUCGAGGAGCCAGAAGAGGAGGAGGACGACGGCGAUGAGGAAGGAGGAGAAGACGAUGAGGAGGAGGACGAGGACGACGAUGAGGAGGACGAUGGCGAGGGGGAGCGGAGCCGAGGGCAGGACGAGGACGAGGACGAGGACGAGGACGAGGACGAGGACGACGAGGAGCCGCAGGAGGAGCGCAAGACGAGCAAGGGUGCGGCAGUCGAGGUCGUUCGCUGGCACCGGCCCGAGCGCGACCAAGAGCGCGACCAGCAGUCGUCGCCCGCUUUGCGCGGUCCGUCGCCGGCACCUUCGCCCGGCGUCUCGACCCCGACCACCGCCGCGCCGUUGCAGGGUCUCGCUCCCUGACCCUCGUCGAGCCGUGCGCCGUGCGUCUGCGGCGCUGGACCCGCCGAACCCUUGUGAAUAGCUCGCCUUUCCCGCCUUCGUCGUCGUCGUCCCCUUCUCGGUUUGUGUACUUCCCGCGCCGUCUCUCCCUCUCUCGUCCCACGUUGCCACACACGCCUACACCCUGUCCAUGUCUGCUGCAUCUGCCCUGCGCGAUUCCC